AUGAAGAGAAUAUUCAGUCCAGGCGGUGGAGUGAAUAAAACGGGAGGCCGCGUCCAUGAGCAUUCCGCGUCCCGUGGGGAGUCUCCCAACGACAGGUCGCGGUCGUCUUCGUUUACGAGGUUCUUCGGGCAAUCGCGAGAGACGUCGAGCUUGAAGAUGAAAGGAUCUGUGCCGAGCGGGCCAUCCGAGGGCACGCCGGACGUGGACAGCAUGCGCGACAUAUCGCCGGAACUCGUGCCGAUCAUUACCCUUCUAUCGGCGCAGAUGCACCGGCGUUACCACGAGGGCACGUUUCUUGUGCUCAGUGACCUAAAGAGCGACGGCACGGCCGGGGACCGAGUCUGGCGCGAAGUAUACGGGGUGCUUAUCGGGACGCAGCUUGCGUUGUGGGACUCGAGCCUGGUGGCAGGCGGCGUGCGCGACGCGGCGGUGCUGCGCACCAAGGCGAAGCCCCAGUAUAUCAACUUCGCGGACUCGGUGUUCCGGCCGCUCGGCCCCCAGGACACCGUGACGACCGAGAGCAGCCGCAAGCUGACGAACACACUCGCGGUGUCAACGACCCUGAAAAACCGGUACUUCUUGCAGUUUACCGACGUACAAACCAUGAAUCAUUGGCAUGCCGCAUUCCGGUUGGCUGCAUUUGAGUUCACGGCGCUCCAGGAGGCAUACACGGGUGCCUUGCUUUCCACCCGGGGUGCUCUCUUGAGCGACAUCCGUGUCAUAUUAGCAGACACUAAAUUCGACUACGAAGAGUGGGUCAAUGUGCGCUUCGGCGCGGGCAUGCGCUGGAAGCGCUGCUAUGCGGUUAUCACGCAGCCCUCCAAAAAGAAGAAUGCCUCGAAACACGGUGAAAUCGCGUUCUAUGAGACGGACAAGAAGAUCAAAAAGAAGGCGAUUGCUAUGGCGACGGUGACUGCUGCUACCGCCGUCUACGCUCUAUAUCCUUCCUCUCCGAUGUUGGUUGACAGCUCCGCGUUGAUCAAGCUAGAAGGCACCAUUUCUCUCAGUAGCAAAGGUGCUACUAAUGAUACUGAUGUUUUCAUAUUACCAGAAAAACAUUCUGCUGUUCCGGGCUACGACACAAUCAUUCGUUUCCUCGUACCCGCCAUGAAUGCCUUCAGGCUUUAUGGCAGGCCGAAAACACUAUCGGCGAGCAAGGAUGACACAAACUCACUCCUGUUUAGUCUACCAGCGCUUCCACAUGUGCACUACUUGCUGGUCGAGGAUUUGCUUCCAUUAGUGAAUUCAGCCUCUGGCUCAUGGACGACGCAGGAGUGGCGGAGACAAAUCAAGGCUCUAUUACAACGGAGGGUAGCGGCUGGCUAUCAGGGAUGUGGUUCAAGCUCCGGUCUAUCCGGCGCUCUGUCCUCCCCUGCUCUGGGUCCAUUGAGUCCUACUUCUUUGUCAUCGCCGCAUUUUGCUCCGUCCAUUGCGUUUUCGCCUACUGAGUCCAACUACACUUUUAUGUCAAGUCACUCAAGAAUAACUUCACUACAUGAUAAUAUCCAGAGACCCAUAUUGAAUACCGUGGCCAGCACAUCCGAUAAUACACUGCACCCAAACAAUAUGCUAUCUCCCGCAGGUCUUGCCCCUGAUGCAUUAGCUAGGCCAUCAUUGUCCAAGGACAAUAGUUCUGCUCGCGAUACUCCUGGCAAUCGCCUUGAAGACCCUUCUAGCUCUUCGGCCUCACACACGACUCAAAGGUAUUCUCCGUCAUCUCAGGGCACUGUCAAUCGCCCAGCAACACAGCAGGGCACAGUGUCGUCAGGAAGCCCACCGAAAUCAGUACCUUAUCCAGAAGAACAAGAACCUCCUUUGGGAGCCAUUCCGCACAGGACUCCCACUCCUACGAAGGAAUCGAUGCCUGAACCUCCCAGCACAGCUACCAAUAGUUACGACUCCUUUGCUCGUUACGUAGAUGCUUCUUCGGGGUCCAUUAAAGAAGUUGGCGACCCCAAGGCAGAAUACAACCCCAGGGACCUGUACAAGUCGCGUGCAGAUCUGGUUCAAAUUUAUGACAACUACGCUGCAUCACCAUUUGGGCGGUUACACAACUCUCCUGGCAGGGAUUCAUCUUUUAUGGCUCCUCCUCCUCAUGCAGCGCGAGGCUCUCCGCAAAGCAGAGAUUCUUUUGGAGCAUAUGAUGAAUAUAAAGGUUCCACACAAUCGAAACAGUUUGAUAUAUCUAAUCUGCGCAACUCGAGCAGUACACACAAUAGCAAUAAUGCUGACGGCGAGGCUACUGCAAGAAGUUCUAGUGGAUCACUGUUCAGGGGCUCGAGCGUUGCUCCUCUCGGCGAAGACGAUAUUUUGGACGACUUCUACAACUUAUCAAAAGCUAUCUCGAAGGUUGGAGACUCGGAAGCCAACAGAAAGGCUGAUCCCACAACCUCCGGCAGCCGGCCGCCAUAUGAUGACACACCUGUGAAUGUUUUUGACCCUGACUAUGUCGAGCAACAAAACUUUAUUCUCCAGGACCACGAAUACGUUCGAGAAGGAACUAAAAUUUCUGAACAAAGGCCUCCACUUGGUAAACACGCGGUUUCAUACACCGGGCCAACUGCUUCACAAGAAUCGCUCUACAAGAAUGAUAGUCUCAGCAAUACUGUUGCAACCAAGUGGGAGCUGAUCCCGAAUCCCGGAACCUUCCAGCCAAUAAACGAGAAACCGCCAUUGCCCAAGGCUCCGGGGAUACAGAACCUACAUGAUAGGCUACAAAAACCAGAAGGUGCAGAUGCUCCCCGGCGGACUUCGCUCCAUGGUAACCACCUAAUCUCUCCCGCCAACCGACACCAAAGUCGAGGCCCUAAUACUAGUAGGCCACACCCACCAGCAGCAGUCCAGACACAGAAAGAAAUGCCACCAAAAUUGCCCAACUUACCGCCGCAUGGGGAAUACUCCCAGCUUCCUCAUAAUAAACUCAUGCCACAGACUUCCAUGAGUAAUAUGCCGCCUCAGGCAAUGCCGAUUCAUAGACCCCCUCAGCAGCACGGUAUAUCCAAUCCGUACAGCAAGCAGGGCAUGCCCAACCCUUAUAGCCAGACCUCGCAGAGACUGCCCGCCGAACAGCAGGGGUAUAUGGCGCCCAACAACGCCCCUGUAAGUGGGCAAACAGGCAGACACAUGCCGCACUCACAGCAGCGCCCUUCGCAGAUACCCACAUUAGCGCCAUUGCCAAAACCGCACCCACAGCUACACAACCCCGUGCCCGCUGGGAACAGCUAUCUUUCCCAUAUGGGCGCUGCGGGAUUGGCGCAGCAACAACCUGCGUACGGCCGCCCUUGA